GUCAUAUUCAGCAGUAUCACUUCUCACUGCGGGAUUUAUUGGCACUCUUCUGAGACUACCGAGCAACGUCUGAAUCACUGGCGGCACUGUGCCGCAUCGCAGAUAUGCGGGAGGCUAUACCUGCAACAGGGUUGUCAGUCGUCUAUGAGCCAGAAACGAGCGCUCCGCUUGUAGAUAUCGUUUUAGUUCAUGGUCUGAAAGGACACCCAUAUAAGACAUGGACAUCGUCUAAACUUGCACCCGUGCCUCCGAAGUGCCACGGUGAGCCUGCGGAGAGCUGCCAGAAGUCCGCUAGAGGCAAGAAAAGUGGACUGCCUCAACCGAUAUCCUGGUUCAAAAACAAGUCAUCAGCCAUGGAUGAAGAGAACGAAGGGUCUGUAAGAGCCCUCUCUAGCAAAGCUCCUUCAAGCAUAUCAGAUGGAGUCAACCAUACACUCUUUUGGCCUGCCGACCUGCUUCCCAAGGAAUGUCCUAAGGCACGGAUCCUAUGUCACGGCUACGAUACCAAGAUCACCAAGUACAUGUCUGGUGCGACAAACAAGAGCAGUGUUUUCUCCCAUAUCAAGGACUUCUUAUUCGCUUUUGGCAGAGAAAGGGUUCUUAACCGUCCCCUGAUAUUGCUUGCUCACAGUCUUGGAGGAAUAGUUGUUAAAGAGAUGCUUGCAAGAUCAUCGGCAUCAACGGACACGGACUUAAAAGAUGUUGUUGAAUCAACAUCAGCAGUAAUAUUCCUAGGAACUCCUCAUCGGGGCAGUCCUGAGCUUUCAUCGCUUGGCGAAUGGGCCCGCUCUAUCCUCAGUGCUCUCCGGAUGGACACAACCUCAGCGAUCCUUGAUACUCUGGGACUGAAAACAACCGACUUAGAGCGUGCACAGGAAGCGUUCUCGGGAAUCUGGCAGACAUACGACUUUCGAGUCAAGACAUUCCAGGAAGGCCUGGGGUUGACGGAGGUGAAUCUCGGCAUCUUGGGGAACAAGGUCGUCCCGGAUAUCUCCUCACUAAUAGGAGAUGAAAGAGAGCGCGCCGAGACCCUCCAGGCUAACCAUCUGGAAAUGUGUCGAUUUAGUGGCUCCGAUGAUCCAAAUUAUCUCAAGGUUGUUGGGGAACUUCGCUCCAUGUACCUAUCGAUUACAUGUGAUUGGCUUUUCCGCCAUGAGACAUACGGGAAGUGGUUGUGCCCUGAUUACCUUGGGGAGCACGUAGGCUUGCUCUUGCUGAAAGGAAAACCAGGAGCUGGCAAAUCAAUCCUCAUGAAAGAAGCCGUCAGUCGAAGCUCAAGGGAUGAGGAGAGGUCCAAAUAUCAUGUUGCGUCUUAUUUCUUUGAUGCCAAAGGAAAUCAACUACAAAGAGGAAUUCUGAGAAGCAUUGCCGAUUUGCAUUAUGAAGAGAAGAAUAGUGUCUGGGACCAGCCGGAAGGCCAUGGACUGCACCAAGCGGACCUCGAGCCUUUUCUUAGAACCAUGUUCUCUCGGAAGUUGGGUAAGAGAGUGCUCAUCUUCAUUGACGCUGCUGAUGAGUGCGACAACCCAUGGCCCCUAGUAUUCUUUUGGCGAACUUUGACAGACUUGUAUUCAGUUACUGGUCAGCUGAGUGUGUGCAUCUCCCUACGGCAUUAUCCCGCAAUCACCGUUGUCAACGUCUCGGAAAUCAUAGUAGAGCACCACAAUCGAGGUGAUAUAUCACGAUAUGUAGAUCAUAGGUUUCGGAUUGGGCCUGCAGAAACCGAGUCUGCGGGCCAAUGGAACUUGUUGAGAACGACGAUCCUUGAAAAGUCCGCGGGUGUUUUCCUGUGGGUAGUUUUGGUGACGGAUGGAGUCUUGAAGAAGUGGGAUGAAGGAAAAGGCACCAAGUAUCUUCUCGGGUACCUCGACACUGUUCCGAAGGAGCUGGAGAAUUUAUUUGCCAACCUGGUUCAAUCGCUCGUCGUGGAAGAUAGGCAACUGACCACUCGCCUCUUUCAAUGGGCCAUCCUAUCAACCCGGCCUCUUCGUUUACACGAAUGGCAUCAUAUUUUAGCAUUCAUCAGCUCUUCAAAGCCACCUUCUUCACUCGAAGAGUGGAGCAAUUCCUCAAAUUUCACCGAAACCGACGGACAAUUGGAACGAACAAGCAAAAACAUUUCGGGAGGUCUAUUGGAGGUUGGCCCGAGGCGCCUCGAAGAGCCAUGGGGUAAUGAUGAGGAGAUACUCUCCAUGAUCGCUGGAGCAGGGUCUUUGGACUCCGAGAACGGAGGACCUCGUAUCGUUCAAGUGAUACACAAGUCGGUGCGCGAGUUCUUCUUGAAAAACAACGGAUUCGGUUUCUUGGACCCCAGCCUUGUGACGAAUCCCAUCGGCAAGGGUCACAUCUCGCUGAUGGAUACCCUCUUGGAUUAUAUAUCAAUCACCGAGCUGGACAUGCUAAUACGAGCUCGAGGUCCAAGGAAAGACGAUGGUUCUUCCCAUGCAGCACAAUCGAAAGUAUCAGAUAUGCCUGACCCUGAUACUCGCCCCCAACCAGCUGACCCUGGGCAAGUCCGUCGCGCCGCCAAGCCAUUUGUUGACCUUGCCGCAAAGGAACCUACUGUGAUCGACCUCCAGAGUUCACGUCCUUCGAGCAAACAUGAGCAGAUUCUCAAACAUCUCAACUCUCUCACUUCUCCGGCCCCCAGAAAGUUCUCCCUCGUGCACUUGGACAAGGAUAAUGUACACGCGGACGCCAUUGAAGAUGUUGACGGCAACUCAUCAGAUCGAGACGACCCGACUAAAGGAAGCGAAAGAGGCAGCCUAGAUAGGAUGUCAUUCCAGAGAUUCUGUGAGCUUCACCGUCAAUGGUUUACUACUUCAACGCUUGAACAGAACGACCACAAGCCAAGUUUGGGUACUGAAGCAUCUCGAUCCACUUCGGCCGUCCCUCGAACCCACAAUUGUCCCGACAGUGGUUCUUCAAAAGGCGCAGUUAACGAUAUAAGCCAGAAUCUCGACACACAGUUGAGGCAGACGAGCUCUCGCUCUUAUCGCAUGGAGUAUGUGGAUGCUUCCCGAGAUUCGCCUCACGGCUCCCCUGUUGUAUUGCCGGGGAGAAAAACAGACGCCCGGAGCAGAAAAUCACGACGAGCACUACAAGAACAGAAAAACGCUACGGCUUUCAAGCAACUAAAAUACUCUCCCGUACCUACUGCUGAUGCUAUUGUGAAUCAGUGGAUAGCUCAGGGAAAGCCAUUCUCCAUGCACGUCUUCUCGACUCCCACCAGGUUCACGUCGUUCUAUGCUACUGGAAGAUCAUUUUGCCCUCUUGCCUUACGCCACAUUAUCCUUUUCGCCCAUGCUCAAAUAGCAAAGGCCGCAAGGGCAGAUCUUGCUCCUAUAUUUAAUCGGUUCCAAGCAAAAGAUAUAUGGAGUCGAUGGGUGGCGCUUAGGGAAGAUUUGCCGCAAUCAAUCAGCUUUCCGACAUAUCUUUCGGUCUAUGAGGGUAUUAAUUGGACUGGCGAAUCAGUCCUCAGUGAUGAUGAGGAUUGUGAGAACCGUGGCCCUAUCGUGGAGAAUCGACGGAGUUCGUUCAGUGUUGCAAGUUUCAGCUCUGCGGGCAGUUUCAAAUAA